AGCAAGAAAUCUCUCUCUCAGUUUGCACUUAUAUGAUGUCUACACAAAAUCCUUUGUAGCAAAAAAAGCUAAACUAUACAAAGGGUUCCCAAUUUAUUUAUUAUCAACUUCCAACGAACUCUUAUCAAAUUGAAGCAGCACCAAUAUUGUUACUGUUGAUUUUUUUCGUCAUCACAACUACUUCUACCAAUUUCAAUUAUGGACAAAAACAUUGUGCUGACAAAGCCAUUCUCGUUGGAGAAAGAAUCGGAUGGUGAUUCUGAUUAUAGAGCUCCAAAUCUUAUGAAACGAAUACUGAGUCUAUUUAAGAAUGUGCGGCCAGGAUCUGAUCUUACUCGCUUUCAGCUGCCAGCAGAGUUCAACAUGCCAAAGUCACAACUCCAAUGCUAUGGUGAAGAGGUAUAUUGUGGUGGUUGUGACAUGCUAAGCAGAUGCAACAAUGGAGAAAGUCCAGUUGAUAGGUUCAUAUCAGUUGUAGCAUGGAGCAUUUCUACAAGACGCCCUGUCAUUUUUGGAGUUGCUCCUUACAAUCCCAUUCUUGGAGAGACACACCAUGUUUCCACACCAAAUCUUAAUGUCUUGCUUGUGCAGGUUUCUCACCACCCUCCGGUGACUGCACUUCAUGCAACAAAUGAGAAGGAAAAGAUAGAAACAAUAUGGUGUAGUUAUGUUGUUCCAAAGUUCAAUGGUGCCGCAGUGGAAGGUCAAGUGCAUGGUAAAAGAGAAUUGAAGCUCCACAAUCAUGGAGAGACAUAUGAAAUGAAUGCUCCUUAUCUCAUGAUCAGGUUUCUUCCAGUUCCUAGCUGUGAUUGGGUCGGCAAUGUCCAUAUCCGGUGCCCGGAAUCUGCCAUUGAGGCAGAGUUAUGCUACACAAGCCACACUCUGUUCGGAUUCCGGGCAAGCCGGAAAUCAAUAAAGGGGAAGAUCAUUGAUUCAAUAUCAACGAAGAUUCUAUAUGAAAUUAAUGGUAAUUGGGAUAGUAUUGUGACAGCGAAGGAUACAAAUAAUGGAGAAGUGAGAGUGAUAUAUGAUGCAAAAGAAGUCAUUUCGGGGCUCCAAACUCCUGUUGUGAAGGACUCUGAGGUUAUUAUAUGUGUGUGGGGAAGCGAAUCAGCAGUUGUAUGGAGUGAAGUAAGCGAAGCAAUCAUGAACAAAGAGUGGGAAAAAGCAACAGAAGCAAAGAAAUCUGUGGAGGAAAGGCAAAGGGAGCUUUCAAGAGAAAGGAUCACAAAAGGAGAAACUUGGCUUCCUAAGCAUUUCACUCUCUCUCACUCCAAAGAAGGAGGCUGGAAUUGUUUUCCAAUUCAAAACUGGGUCCCACCUUCUCCUAUUCAGACCUUGUAAUUUCUUUCUUACAAUAAAUAAAAGUAUACAUGGCAGAAUUUGAAAUUAAUAAAAAUAUGCAUCAAAGAUUCGUUAA